ACGUACAUACAUACGUGCUCUUUUCAAAGCAUCGAACCGCCCCGGAAGCCGUUCGUGACUGCGCGCGCUAUCACCGACCUGUCCGCAGAGGCUGUCCGUGCACGUUCUCGAUGGAUCUCGCUCGCGAUCCGUCAAAUCGAUUGGAUUCACCGUGUGAGGGGUCACGCGAGGAUCAUCACGCGUCGUUCGCCAAUUGCACCUUGACAUUUCCCAUCUCGGCUCGGAACUCCGCUCGGGAGAGCGAGCACGCUUGUCAAUCACUUGGUUGGAGAGGCUCGAGGGACGUAGCAAUUGACGGUUCUUCGAGCCGCGUUGCAGACACGCGCGAGAGAGAGAAAGAGAGAGAGAGGCUGAAGGUUUCGUUAAUUAAUCGAGUGCGCCGUAUGAGCUUGGCGAGCUAUUUUACGUAAUUCAUCUGGCGAAUUGCGGAAUUUUCUGUUCGUUUGUUUUGUUUCCUCGCGUUUCGUGACACCGACUAAUUUGUAACGAUAAAUUGCUAUUCUGAAAAGCGCGACCAUGUACGUCCUUAUCCUCGCCCGUCAGAUCAGAGUCCAUGUUUUCUCUCGUGCAAUUAAUUAUUUAGUGCAGGCAUUAACCAUUGCGAUUAACCGUUGCUGUCGCUGCUAGAAACGAUUUAUAUCUCAGCGGUGUAAAAAUAAUUUAUCGCCACGGAAAUUCCGCGCAUAUUCCCGGCAAAGUAACAGCAUCUUAUCGAUUUAAACCGACGACGUCGCAAUGACACCGUUGUAGCAAUUAAAAUGGCUCGGAGCGCGAAAAAUGGUCCUCGUUAUCUUCCGUCGAGCGUGUAACAGAAAUUGUUAGAGAUUUAGCGUGGGCUCGCCGAUGCAUGUGAGACUCUCUCUCUUUCUCUCGCUCGCUCGUUUUCCAAGCUUUUCCAAGCUCUUCUCUUUCUGUUCCACUUUUAAUUGCGCUUCCUAGGCUCCCUUUCCGCAGCAAUCCCGGCUUCGCGUUUCCCCUCCAAUUUCGCAACAUUAUUUCUUCAAUGUAUUCGUUGCAUCCAUUUUGAACAAGAAAUUUCGAAUCCGCUAUGAUUAUACAUCUAUAUGUUUGUAAUUGAAAGAAAAUUUUGUCAUCGAGUCUUUAGCAUUCCGGUGAAAAGCUGGAUUAUCUAGGGCAUCAGUAUUUAUUUGUAUGAACGGUUGAUUGUGCCGAUAAAAACUAAAACUAAAUCGAGAUCUAUAUAAAGACAUACACCACGCACGCUGCAUCGGACAUCGUACGUGGCGCCACGAGACAUUAUUAUUCAAUGGAUAGACAAAGUAUUCCCUUGAAGACAUGGUAUAUCUCUUUUAUUUCCGUGCCUUGAAUUAUUAAUGGCCCACCUAUACGUAUCUCGAUGUAAAGCCGACGUACGGCUAUCCUUCUCGCUCACAGCAAGGAAUUAUAAUUCUCUCAGUCAUAAAGUGUGACAUUUGCGUCGUCGAGCACUGGACGUGGUGGAAAUAGAUAUCGAGUGAUCUCGAUUUAGAUCUGUGACGAUUGCCAUACCGGACGGAUUGUGUUUCUGUGAUAAGGAGAACACGAUAAAAGCGCGCGGUCGAUGGAAUUUUAUUCCGUAUGUUAUGCCGAUGACGGGAUUAUCGCGGCACUCCGCUGUCCAUUUUCUUCCUCUCGCUUCCGUACGAAGCCACAUUUUUUCCCCCCGUAUCGUAAAAGCGUCAUGGAACAGCUCCCUCAUUUCUGCAGACAUAAUAAGGGCCGCGUAUCGUCUCAAAUGAAUCAUCCAUUACUCUCCGUAUAUUUCCUCGAAGAUCGCAUCCGUCACUUUUCAGUGAUUCAUCCCCCUUUACGUAAGCAUCUUGGCUGUAGAAGAAUAGCGUCUCCUUAUCUAAAAAUAUCGAAUAGUUAAAAAUAGUUUAUUAAUUUAUUCUCAUCUGACGUUGAUGUCUUAACAGAAAAUUUCUUUAUAGAUGAAACCCUUGGCAAACCGAGCAGACACGUGUCAACCUGGCGGACGUCAAGCGCAUCGUCUUCGCUAUAUCGUGAUCUUUCGGCCAUGGUUAAUCGACCUUUUGAUAAGCUGCGAGCGGCGCUAUAUCUACUUUGCAACUCCGUAAAACUAUUGCGACUUCCGCCAGACCUUUCGAUCACGCUCCUCUCUAAUCUCAGCAUCUGUUAAUCGAAUCAAUCAGAGAACCGUGCCGGCUUUUCGGACUUUGUCGUGCCGACGAGCACGGUAUCUCGUGAUCGCAAACGAGUUUUCCCCGGCCGAGUUUAACCGUGUCGACGCGGGUGCGAAGGGGGUUGAAAUCCUUCCCGCCAUCGUGGAAUCGCACGUACGCGAUCCCGCACGAUCGACAGCCACGCGAGUUCCCCGCGAGUUCUCAAUUUCUCUUUAGCGCGGGCUCCUUUGGUUUUCACGCGAAAUCACGAACCAAUCCCAGGGUUCCACGAGGACGAGCAUGAGCCUUCGUGCGGAUCGCCCGAGGUGUUCCGCUCUCAUCACGUAGGCGGUAACACCUACGUUGUAGGAUGUAGAGCCGGUCUCACGGAAUCUCCGUCAGUUCCUCAUCGCGGCUUCCGUCCGAUGCGUCGUUUGCUCUAUGUUUGUUCCGGCCAAUCGUCCACUUGGCUUGAUUGUCGUUCACCGCACCAAUAUCUCGGAUAAAUUGUGUGUCCUUGCAAAGUUAUGGCAUUCUCCGAGGGACGGGAUCCUCUGGAGCACACUAGUCUUUAUCAGCGCGCUGAAAGCGAGGACAGCGAUGCCGAAGGUGGCUUGGGCAAUGUGAACAAAUUGAUCAUGAGACCACCUGGCCACAGUGGCAAAGCCAAAAAAGGACACAUCUGUUUCGAUGCUACCUUCGAAACAGGUAAUCUCGGCAGAGUCGACCUAAUUUCCGAAUUCGAGUACGACCUUUUCAUCAGGCCUGACACUUGCGGGCCGAGGUUACGUUUAUGGUUCAACUUUACUGUAGAUAAUGUAAAGGCAGAUCAACGAGUAAUCUUCAACAUUGUAAACAUUUCGAAGAGUGAAAAUCUCUUUCGACAUGGCAUGACGCCGCUAGUGAAGAGCAGCACUCGACCGAAAUGGCAAAGGAUACCGCGAGAACAGGUAUUCUAUUACAAAUCGGCGCAACAUCAGAAUCACUACGUGCUGAGCUUCUCUUUCGCGUUUGACCGCGAAGACGAUGUCUACCAGUUCACCCUAACUUAUCCCUAUUCGUACACUCGUUACUUGGGACACCUCGACAAUCUGUGCAGCCGAUUAUCAUGCACGAAGAGAGAGACGUUAGCCGAAUCGAUGCAAAAGAGAAACGUGGAACUUGUGACUAUAACAUCCGACCUCGAAGACACAGAACGACCUAGGAAAGUGGUUGUCGUCCUCGCUAGAGUUCACCCCGGCGAGUCGCCGUCCUCUUUCGUGUGUCAAGGGUUGAUGGACUUCCUAGUCAGCGCGCAUCCUAUCGCUCAGAUUAUAAGAGAAUACGUGAUCUUCAAAAUAAUUCCCAUGCUGAACCCCGACGGCGUCUUUCUUGGAAAUUACAGAUCCACCGCGAUGGGAUUAGAUCUGAAUCGAUCUUGGAACAAUAUCUCCACGUGGAUUCAUCCUACCCUACACGCGACCAGAUCCCUGCUACAAAUUCUCGACAAGGAUGCGCAAACGCCAUUGGACUGCGUGCUGGAUUUGCAUGCGCACAGCAAUGCAACUGGAGUCUUUGUCUACGGGAAUACUUACGACGACGUAUACAGGUACGAGAGGCACACCGUCUUGCCGAAAUUGCUAGCUCAGCAUGCAGAGGGUUACGAAUUGCUCAAUACUCAAUAUAAUCAGGAUCAUAAUAAAGCUGGAACCGCUCGUCGGUAUUUAUGCUCUACUCUGAAGGACCAGGUCAAUUGUUACAGCAUAGAGGUAUCUAUGUAUGGUUAUAAAAGAAAAGGAAUAUCUGACGUAUUACCGUACACUGAAGAAGGUUAUUAUAGGCUGGGACGCAAUCUCGCUCGCGUCUUUCUAGAAUAUUACAAGCUUACUGGGCUUAUCCCACUGGGGCUUCCCGAUCAGCCGUCGAACCGGCGGACGCGUCAAUCUCGACAGAGACAUCGUCUUCCAAGAGAACCCAGGCCGAGAACAGUUAGGACUCCGGCGACUUUGCAUCUCGCCAGCAUUUACGAGUACUUUCAAGAGGAGGCUGAGCCGCUCCCGAGCGCACGCUACCGAUCGAUGAGCGGUACGCGGAUGGGACAGCAGCCCGGAACUGGAAUCGCGAGUGAAACUGGAACGGGCGUCGGCGGGUGCAGAAGCCGGAGCUACAGGUUCCGGAGCCCCGGGGCACCGCUCGAGAGGGUGCAAGCCCUGACGAAGCGACCCGCCGCCGAGCCUCGGCUCACCAUUAUCGAUUUCAAUCAGCUGACGAAAGGUGGUUUGGACCUCGCCACCAGUAAGAAUAAGCCGACAGUCUUACGUAGAAACAUCAAAUCGCGUAGAUGCGUAGCAAUCGUUUCGUCUCGGUCUUGCGAAGAAAAUAUUUUUAGCAAAUUAUAAACGGUCAUUCAUUGUGUGGUAUAUU